CUGGAUUUAAGCGACGACGAAGACGUCCAGGAGACUGGAAUCCUCGGCGGUGAAGAGCCCCGCCAGAACACCAACACCUCGACAAACAUGGCAUCUUCGACAGCUCCCGCGUCGGCCGAGGCCGCCCCUCCGAAGCCUCCCAGGCCUUCCACCGAAACCCAGAAGACCGAGGACAUAUUGAAGGAGGCAUUCCCGAGCAUCGACAUCUCCGUCAUCAAGGCCGUCCUCAGGGCCAGCGGCGGACGCAUUGACCCUGCUUUCAAUGCUCUGCUUGAAAUGACCGACCCCGAUGCCGCACGCAACGAGCCCGAAGAUGAGAACCCUCCCCCCCAGCCGCCUCGUCCCGCCGCCACGGCGCAGCUCUCCCAGCUCGAGGCCGAUGAGCUGUACGCGCGCCAGCUCGCCGAGCACUUUGAUAAUGUCGGCAACUACGAAGCCAGGACCUCAAACAGAAGCCCCGGCGGCCGCGUCAGACGCCAGCAGACUGGUCUCGAGCCCAGGCCGAACGCCGAGGACCGCGAGCACAACUUCUUCGACGACGAACUGCCGGUGAUCCAGGAGAAGCUGAGGAAGGGUUUUAUGGAGACGCAAGGCAAGGUCAACAGCUGGAUCACGACCAUGAAGAAGAGAUUCGACGAGGAGUUCGCGGAGGAAGACGAGCACACUCAGCGACCCGGCCAGGCCCAGCAGGGACAGUACGGAAGACGCCCCGGAGAGUCGAGCCGUAGGAGCGGCGACUACGAGAGGUACGACGCCGACCCACAGGUUCUGAGCGACGAUUUCGCGGGUAUGAAGUUCACCGCCGAUGGAACUCCCGUCCGCGACGGCAACCGACCGCUGUCGAACCCCGACCUCUUCAAGCCCCCUCCGCCGUCCAAGUCUCCCAAGCCGGACGGACGCAAGGUUGCGUUCCGUGAAGGAGCAGAGGAGAUUGACGUGUAUGGAUCGUCACCCAGGGUUUCCGCCGACGACAGCUCCAAGGCGAAGUCCAGCAAGUGGCAGCCUCUUUCUACCGUCGAGCCUAGCCCCAUCAACGACAACGACCCGUUCAGCCUGGGCGACAGCGAGGACGAGAGGGAGGCCAAGGAGAAGGCCGCGACCAAGGACGUCAAGUCCGAGGACAGCGAGAGGCUCAAGAAGGCUGCCGCUGAGGCAAUGGCGGAUAGCCUGGUCGACUCCAAGGAGGGUGAGGCGGCGGGCGCGGCGGCGAAGAAGAACUAA